UCCACACGUGUACCACACAUCGUUCCUGACAGAAUGAGAUUGGAGUGGCUCUUUAACAGACCAUAUUGCCUGAUAGGCAGGUUGUACUUGGAGAAGUGUUUCAGAGCGUAGCUCAGCAGGACAGCAUUGAUCUUGUAAUGUGUAUGGGUCAGUAUGGCAAAACAGAAUCCAAGACUCAGAGAAACUACAACAUUAGGUAUUUCAGGACUUUAAAAGGAAACUCAAACCUGCAGAUUUUUGGAGGAACUUAGGUCAGAUCCCGGUUUUAACACAGAAUCUAUACAGCUUGGGGGGGAAAAAUCUUCCCUGGAAUGUGCCUAUAAAUGCAGCUGGGGCUAGUGCAUAGAUUUCCCCGAAGAGCGAGCAGUAGAAGGUGGAGCAGUUGUGUGUGACAAAUCUAGUUUGGAUGUGAUGAAACGCUAGAAGCCUGUGACGAGUGCUAGCACAGAGUUAAUGUGGUAACUCCCAGCAGUUCCCUUUGUUUGCAGACCAUUAUAUAUUGAAAAUGCUGUUUUGAAAAGGAAUAAGGAGUCUCGAAGGCAUUUUCUUUGCAAAUGUAGUUGCUGAAAGUUUGUCCAUGAGGAUAGAAGUUGAUUCUGAAAAGUCUCAAGAGAUGUAUGUCUGAACUGAGGCAGACAGAGAGGGCCACUGAGGCACCUGAGGUCGAGACUGUGCUUGCAGAAUUAAGGCUGCUGGACUUUUAAGUUAACUGAGCAGCUGUGAGAGCAGAGAGAACGUACUUUCCUCCUGCAGGGAGAGGCAGCCAGCAGGCGGCAGAGGAUCACGAAAUGCACGGCUGUGGACACGAACCUGGUGGCCCCACAUAUUUCCUCUUGAGAACCUGUUCUGCCUCUCGCCGUUUUGUCAAGCCGCGUGUGGCGUCAUGGAGGAGUGAGGAGGCGUGCGGCUGAGGAGCCGGCCUGUGGAACUGAAAAUGGCCUUCUGCAAGGGAGCGGAGCCUCAGCAGCGCAGCAGUGAUGCCCUGAGGCCGUGUCGCCGCCCCGCUCAGCUCUCACUGUGGGGAAGGCACAGCCGCGCCGGGGCGGUGCUGCCCGGCCGGCCCGGCCCUGCCCUGCCCGCGGCUGCCCCACGCCGGGAGGGGCCGUUCCCGCCCCUACCUCGGGCCGUACGGGAAGUGAUGUUGCCUUGACGGAAAAGGCACGCUCGCAGCCCAAAAAAGGGCAGGUACGCAGGGACGCGGCGCUGCGGGAGCCCCGGUGGACGGGGGAGGUGAGCAGUGCAUGUCAAUGAAAAGAUUUUGUAGAGAUACAAGGUGUCUCCUGAAUUUUCACUAUGUCUGAUGGGGACUAUGAUUACCUCAUAAAAUUUCUAGCACUUGGUGAUUCUGGAGUAGGAAAGACCAGCCUUCUCUACCAGUAUACGGAUGGCAAAUUCAAUUCCAAAUUUAUCACAACGGUGGGCAUUGACUUUCGGGAAAAAAGAGUGGUGUAUAGACCUAACGGGCCAGAUGGCAUUAGCGGCAGAGGACAGAGGAUACAUCUUCAGCUCUGGGACACUGCAGGGCAAGAAAGGUUUCGUAGCUUGACAACUGCUUUCUUCAGAGAUGCCAUGGGCUUUCUUCUACUCUUUGAUCUGACAAAUGAGCAAAGCUUUUUAAAUGUCAGGAACUGGAUAAGUCAGCUACAAAUGCAUGCGUAUUGUGAAAACCCUGACAUUGUAUUAUGUGGAAACAAGAGUGAUCUGGAAGACCAAAGAAUGGUGAAAGAAGAAGAGGCUAAGCAACUUGCAGAAAAAUACGGAAUACCAUACUUCGAAACCAGCGCAGCUAAUGGGAAUAAUGUAAGCAAAGCCAUUGAAACUCUGCUUGACCUCAUUAUGAAGCGCAUGGAACGGUGUGUGGAUAAAUCCUGGAUCCCAGAAGGGGUGGUGCGCUCCAAUGGGCACAGCUCUACAGAACAACUGAACGAUGAGCAAGAAAAAGGCAGAUGUGGCUGUUAACUCGGUUACAAUUAAGUGCAAUGUGUAUGAUAUAGUACAGUUGCAGCUUAACUGUUUAUCUUAUGGAGGAAUCACAUUAUGUAGUUAUUUGAUGAGCUAUAUUAAUUCUUGAUGCUAAUUUCUGUUUUUUUGCUCACAAACAACAUUGACCUUUGCUUGCAAGGUAUGCAGUUUAUUAGUGAUGGAGAAGAGGUUUAAUUUGCUGUAGCACUGUAUGUUCCUGUAUUUCUCUGCUUUGGAGGGAAAGGAGGGAGAGGAAUUUUCAUUAGCAAAUUCAGAAACAUCUCUCUAUAGAGGCAACAAGAAAGGGUAGGUUCUGAAUUGGAGGAUUUUCAGUUGCCAUUUGAAGGUUUCAUUAGCUGUGACACAGACCAGGCAUUAUUGAUUAGAUAUUGUGACAACUCUUAGUCUCUACUAACAGCAAGCUUUCCAAUCUGGCUCUUGGUCUUAAACAGAAACAUUUAAACCUUUCAUCAAUCAGUAACAAUUUUAAAGAGCAAAUCCAUCGUUUUCCUGUGAAUAGCUGCUGCUUCUUGCACUAAACCCAUCAGGUUUUAGUGAUGAAAACCAGAAGAAAGCCAUUCUAUAUAGAAGAAAAACCCAUAGAGGAGUACGGGGGUGCAUAUGUAGUGCAUUUUUGGGCAUGUCAUGAAAUUGAACAUGUGAACUACAACUGUACUAUAUGACAUACAUCCAACACAGCUGAUGAGACCUCUUGACGUAACCAGCAUUUCUAGAGCCUGCACAUACUUAUAUUUAUAUGUGAAUGGCAUAACUGUACAUCUGUUGCUGUGUUUCUCUUCUGUUACCACUCAUGUUUUAACAGGAAUGUAGGGCAACCUAGAUAUCAGUAAAAUUUCUUCAGAUCCAGUGCUUUACACUGAAUUUGUUUCACCCAACACAUAUCAGGAAUAUAUCUUCAGGGUGUUCCUUCACUGAAGAACGAAUGAUGAUUGUCUUCUGGCUAGAUGCAGUUAAGAUACCAGUUCUGUCUAGAUCAGUAUAAACUUACAAUGCUUAUUUUAUUCUGCCAGCCUGUGUCCUAUACCUCUUGGUUAUCAUAUAUUCAUUUAUGGCUUGUUAAGUUCCUUUAGGUUGUAUUUAAAAUAGAACAGAGUUGCUUUUGCUUUUCCUUUUUGCCCUCUCUGGAUUACUUUAAUGUCAGUUUUGGUUUCAUUGGAUUAUGUCACUCUUUGAUCAUUUUUAUUUAUUCAUGCAACUUAAGGAAGAAUCAGUAUUUUUGGGGGGUUCUUUUUCCAGAUUGAUUUACAAGAUGUGCCUAUUAAACUGUUUUCUAUUCUGGUAGAGGUUGUAUAAGUGUAAAAUAUUGCCAAUUAAAGUCAUAACAUGCCAAAUUGAGUCUUGUUACAGACUUGACAUAGCUGUUUGUUUACAAAACUCCAAAGCUACUACUUCUUUAGAAAUGAUGUAUUUAUUUAUUUAAAUAUUCUAACUGCUGCAAUUUCAGGCAGGCAUUGCUACCAGUUGUGAACAUGAAUUGCAGCAUAACAAAUUUUUUGAAGGACCAAAAAUGUUUCUAGAAUAGGAGCUAAUGGAAAAAAAGAGAAGUAUAUAUAUAUAUGAUGUAGCCUCUGGUUAUAUUACUAAUACAAGAAUAAGUGUUAAAAUUUGGUUCCUAAAAUAUUCAUUCAUUGUCCGUUAACAAACACAACAUGUAAAUAUUAGAUUUUAAUCACAGCCUACACAGAAUAUUUUGAAAGUGCAAUGUAAUUUGACUGCCCUGGGGCUAGGACAGAGAUUAAAGCAAUUUAUAUAGAAUAAAUAUUGGGUGGUUUUCUUCUGUUACUCUACCAAGAUUAUAAAAUGCCUGUGGACCGGAAUUCCUGUAGCUUAAUUCAGAGUGCCUUUAGAAGUUACCGUCAUGUUUCUGACCAGUAAAAUAUCAAACUCUGCCAGAGGACACAAUACAUUUCGGUGUCUGAGUUCUUUUAAUGUAACUCUUUGCUUUUCAGAGGGUUGCAGUGAAACUUUGUCAUGCAUUGACUUUAAUGGGAGUUUCUGUGCUUAUAGCUACGUCCAGUUCCUGAAAACUGUAAGCUUUUAUUGCAACCAGCUACUGAGCUAAGUGACUACUGAAAUGGUGUGAAAAUAUUUCCUUUUGAAUAUUUAGGUUUAGAUUGGAUAUGAACUAUUAUAUAUUUUGUCAUGCAUACUAUAUGUACCUGUUUACUGUAAGGAGUCUACAUAAAAUUGCUCUGAUGUCAACCUUUUAAAUGUGCCAUAAGCUUUAUCUGUUUGAAUUACUGUGUGACAAAAACUUCUGUUCCUUUUUUAGUUCUCAUAAAAAUCAUGAGGAUGUUUCUUGACAAUGAAUUACACUGUUCUUAAUAGUCUAACACUGAUUUUCAGAAAUAAACAAGAAUUCACAUGUGAUGAGAAACUGUUACUUCAAGAAAAAGUUGUUUCCAUUCAGUGUUAAUCAAAAAUGUUGAUCUGUAAUGGAACAAAGUUUUGUAAAGGAUUUCCAUUAUGAUAGUUUUUAUUGAUAGAAAAUAGUUAAACAUUCCUGAUACGAACCUCCUCAGCAUUUGCUGAACUAAAUUGUAACAUUUUACUCCUGUCUCAGUUCAGUAUCAACCUGUAUCUUUCUGCA